GUGCCGACAAAGAGUGCCGAAGCUCUGACCGUGUGAUGGAUGUGCAUCGUAAACAAGUUCAAGGUUCACAUUCACUGGUGGUUCUCUCCAAACAUCUCCAAGCAUCCAUCUCCAAGAAUGACAGUAUCGUCCGUGUUCACGGUGUAGAGAACGCAGUAGUCAACCGCCUUAACUUGUUUUAGACGCAGGUUUAUAUUUAUAUUUAUAAUCACGUCAAUCAUUUCUCCAUUGCAACCCGUCUAAGGAAUACAUCCCCCUUGUCGACAGCAGACUACCAUUCGCCGAGUGGAAAUCUACGCUGCUAGACAAGCUCAAGGCGUAUCGCAAUUGGCCAUAAGCUUCGACCCAUGGAUUCCUCUGGAGAGAUGCAGCCGAAAGGCAAUUGAAAGCAGUAAAGUGCUCAAUGACGACGGAGAAGGGCACGGCACUUUUGAUCCGAACUUACUCAACCACAUUCAACCAUGCUGAACCAUACUCAGCCAUUACUAGUACAGGAACAUACCAAUCGUCAUGGCUAUCAAUCCACAAUUCCGCGUGUAUUUCGUAGUCUAGAAGAUGCCGAUUAUCCACAAUUACACAAAAUAUCAUGUAUAGGCGUAGAUCCCCCGCUCGCGUUUCACUCUUCUUCAAUAAUCCUCCUCUUGACAAUUGCAUUGUUAUUCAACACUAGAUGGAUCGAAUAAAGCGCGUUUUAUCAAGGCCCAAUGCGAAGCCAUACCGCACGAAGCACAUCAACGAUGAACAACCAUACAUAAAUGAAAAUGGCCAUCUGGAUUUUGGCCCGGGGGAUAUCGAGAAUCCAAAGAACUGGUCAACCACGAGACGAUGGUAUAUCACUGUGAUAGCAGUCUUGCUCGUCGUAAAUGCAACAUUCGCAUCGUCCAGUCCGUCGGGGUGUUUGCCAGGAAUCGAGGAAGAAUUUAAUGUCUCUGCCGAAGUUGCAGCGUUGGUCAUCUCGGUUUUCCUUUUGGGAUACUGCUUUGGACCUUUGUUUUGGGCUCCAUUAUCGGAAUUCUUUGGACGAAGAUGGAUCUUUUACAUCUCGUUUACCUUGUACCUGGCAUUCAAUUUCCUCUGUGCUUUCGCCAACAAUUUCGCAGCUCUCUUGAUAGGACGAUUCAUAACCGGUACCAUGGCCAGUUCGCCACUUUCGAACGCGCCUGGAGUUCUCGCAGACAUUUGGGGCCCUGUAGAAAGAGGAAAUGCAAUGGCGUUGUUCUCAAUGAUGACCUUCGCUGGUCCAGCAUUGGGUCCUGUCAUCUCUGGCUUUCUUGAAUUGAAAAAAGAUUGGAGAUGGAACUUUUACGUCAUCUUAUGGCUUGCGGGCAUUACCGAGUUUCUGAUGUUUACUAUUCCAGAGACUCUACCUUCGAAAAUAUUAGUAAAUAAAGCUAGGAGAAUAAGGGCAUUGCAAAUUCCAGGUUACGAAAAUGUUAAGGCUCCUGUUGAAGAUAGCGAUCGCACAUUAUGGCAAAUUUUCAAGGUCGCACUCAUUAGACCAUGGCAGCUCCUGGUCGACCCGAUCUCGUUCGCCGUCGCGGUUUACCUAUCUGUCGUGUACGCCCUGCUGUAUAUGUUGUUCACCAUCUAUCCCAUUAUUUUCCAAGAGAAGCGUGGUUGGAAUUCCGGCGUGGGAGAACUACCAUUGAUUGGUACAAUUAUUGGGGCAUUUAUAGGAGGUGUCGCCAUCUUCAUGGUGUCUGUUCGUGAUAGAAAGAAGUUGGAAGCUGGCCAUGUUGGAGUAGCAGAGGAUCGUUUACCAGUCGCAAUGGCCGGCGGAAUCAUUUUUCCAAUCACCAUGUUCUGGUUCGCAUGGUCUGGAAAUUAUAAUGAGGUGCACUGGAUAGUUCCCACUCUUGGAGGAGUAUUUCUCUCCACAUCAAUUCUUCUCAUUUUCGUCGCCUAUCUGAACUACCUGACCGAUACAUACCUGAUGUAUGCCGCGAGUGCCGUUGCUGCAAAUACUGUUUGCAGAUCGGCAGCCGGCGCCGCAGCUCCAUUAUUCACAACAUAUAUGUUCGAUGCUCUUGGUGUCGGUGGUGGUGGCUCACUAAUUGGUGGAAUUGCUGUUCUUCUCGCUCCGAUCCCUUUCUUAUUCUACAAAUAUGGUGGAGCCAUCCGAGAACGAUCCAAAUUUGCACCAACGCCAACGAAAAGGCCUUCCAAUGGAGAGAAUGUCGGCAAUGAAAAACUUGGCGAGACUACUCAACCCUCGACAGAAAGAACGACUCAAGAUAGGACUAGUAUCAGCUCUGAGUCAUCAUCAAGCAUACCAAGCAUGCCGGCUUCCCCCCGCGAAGACACUUAUCAUCAAGAGGGAUAUAUUGAGGAGGGAAUGGGAUAUGAACGAGUGGCACUCCCUAGCGACACGAGAACACAUGAUGCCGGACAGCUGGAGAGCGAGAAGUGAGAAGCUGGCCCGAAAGAUAGAACGUGCCACAUGUAAUUAUUAAAAGUCUUUUGUAUGAUCGUACUUAGCGCGGAGCAAAUAUGGAAUAUCUAAGGCAUUGCGAUGGCGUUUUAGCUUGAUAGCGAAUGUGAACUUGGCAAUGAAUAUGCAAUUUCUUUCAACCCUUUUUUAGUCGCUGUGCGAGGAAAGUUUGUGAAAAAGCUCUGCAAGAAAUGAGAGUCAGAUGUUGUUUUUGCUAUUUCGUGGCAGCAAGGCGAUCAAUGUGCGAGUUACUGAAAUUUUCAAUCUUAGUAGAACUUUCGGACUAGAUAGAUAUCCAAAUCAACAUAGUAACACCAACUCACUCA